UAAAAACUCAUUAACGAUCUUUUACCAGGUGUUGAUUGCCAAACCAUUCAACCUCCAACGGUCUCCUGCUUUGACUCCCUCCCUCAAAUACAGAUUAUUUCAUUUACAAGUUAAAGAACCCUAAAAUUAAACCCUUUAGAUUUUAAUCAAAAUGUUGAUCAAUUUCUUUUCUAAUUUAAUUUUAUAGGAACAAUACUUACCGAAAUAAGCAAAGGGGAAUCUUUUCAAAUACAAUUAUGAUGAUUGAAACAGCAUUGGUGGUGGAAUAUUUGGUGCCGUCUUCCUGGGAGAUCAAAGUGGCGGUGGCCACGUCGGUGUUCUUGAUCGUUUCUUAUUGGAUUUAUACAUUACAACUUGGAAGUGGGAGUGGCGGUGGUCGAUCGUUGCUUCAGGAGGAUUUUGCUGAUGCAAUUCUGGACGAUAACGACAAGAUUAACCAAUUCAAAGGAGAUCUUCCUACCAAUUCUGCCUUCAUAAUCAAGGUUGAAUUGUUGGCAGCUAAGAAUCUUGUUAGUACAAACUUGAAUGGCACAUCAGAUCCUUAUGCUAUCAUUACUUGUGAUUCUGAAAAGAGAUUCAGUUCAAUGAUCCCUGGUUCAAGAAAUCCCAUGUGGGGAGAGGAGUUCAAUUUCUUUGUAGAUAAGCUUCCUGUCCAGAUACAUGUGACAAUAUAUGACUGGGAUAUAGUUUGGAAGAGUGCAACUCUUGGUUCAGUUACUGUUCGAGUUGAAAGUGAAGGUGACAGUACCCCAGUAUGGCAUAUAUUAGAUAAACCACCUGGACAGGUUUGUCUGCAUAUUAAAACAAUAAAAUCACCUGUAAAGUCAUCCAGGCGUGUAGAUGGAUAUGCUGGAGCUAAAGCUCGAAGGAGUACUUCAGAUAAACAAGGGCCUACAGUGGUUCAUCAAAAGCCAGGGCCUUUACAGACAAUAUUUAACCUCCUUCCAGAUGAGGUUGUGGAGCAUAGUUAUUCAUGUGCACUUGAGAGAUCAUUCUUGUACCAUGGUCGCAUGUUUGUUUCUGCAUGGCACAUAUGUUUCCAUUCUAAUGUGUUCUCUAAACAACUUAAGGUGAUAAUUCCAUUCGGGGAUGUAGAUGAGGUUCGUAAGAGUCAGCAUGCAUUCAUUAAUCCUGCAAUAACAAUCAUUCUUCAGAUGGGUGCUGGUGGGCAUGGUGUACCUCCAUUAGGGAGCUCUGAUGGUAGAGUCAGGUAUAAAUUUGCAUCAUUUUGGAACAGGAACCAUACAGUACGAGCAUUACAGCGUGCAGCAAAGAACUACCAUGCAAUGUUGGAAGCUGAGAGGAAGGAGCGAGCAGCAUCAGCAUUGCGUGCACAUAGUAGCUCUAUGAAAGGUAUUAGAACACAAGCUACAGCUCCUCAAGAAAAAGCACCUAGUACUGAAAAAUUACUACGUUUUGUCAAAGAACAGGUUCUUGUUGAUAUCUACAAAGAUGUAUUUCCUUGCACCGCUGAGCAGCUUUUUAAUUUAUUAUUGAGCAAUGACUCUAGUUUCACAAAUGAAUACCGUACAUCACGUAACGACAAAAAUCUUACAAUGGGACGGUGGCAUGUUGCAGAUGAAUAUGAUGGUCAAGUGAGAGAGAUUACCUUCAGAACCAUUUGUAACAAUCCCAUGUGCCCUCCAGACACUGCCAUGACCGAGUAUCAACAUUUUGUUUUAUCAUCAGAUAAGAAAAAGCUUGUUUUUGAAACUGUACAACAGGCACAUGAUGUUCCAUUUGGCUCCUACUUUGAAGUUCACUGUCGUUGGACUGCAGAGACCAAUGGAGAAAACUCAAACCUUUUAGAUAUAAAAGCGGGUGCACAUUUUAAGAAAUGGUGUGUGAUGCAAUCGAAAAUUAAGUCAGGUGCCAUCGAAGAGUACAAGAAAGAGAUGGAGACAAUGUUAAAUGUCGCCCGUUCAUAUAUCAAGUCACGUACUUCCGGAGGUGAGACCAAUAACAUGAACAAGUCACGUACUUCCAGAGGUGAGACCAAUAACGUGUCGUCACCACUCAUAACAGACGAUUUCGGCUAACUCGGGUAAUUAAUUUCCUCCAAUUUUAUUGUAUAAUGUCCUUUUGUGUGUGUUUUCAAUAUGGAAAUGUUAGUCAUAUGCAUAGGUAUGAGGGUUUUUUCGGAAAGGCAUAGAUUUAUAACGCAACUCAAAACGGUUUACUGGGAAGGAAAGUAACAGAGAAUUUUAUUGUAAUAGGCAUUUUUUCCGUUGAAUAGGCUAAUGGCAUGUAAAUGAAAAUACAGAACUUGCAUAAA